CGUACGCUCUGCUGGUUGCCGUUCCUGUUGGAUAUGGUCUCUAUUCUGCCUUUUUUCCUAUCCUGACAUACUUUUUCCUGGGAACAUCAAGGCACAUCUCAGUUGCCUUCCUUGCUACAUCCUUUCUCCAUCACUGGGGACAGUAUCAGCUUCUUGCCUGUCGCGGAGCCCCAGGACCUGUGUCUCUGCUCCAGCCUUGCUCUAGGCCUCGCAUCAUGGCCAUGGGUCCAUUUCCUGUAGUCAGUUUGAUGGUGGGAUCUGUCGUACAGAGCAUGGCCCCUGAUGAUAACUUUCUCAUAGAUGACAGUAAUGUUACAGGGGCUAACAGCACCGGGUCAUCGAUAGACACUGACGCCAGAGAUGCCCAGAGAGUGGUGAUAGCCAGUACCCUCACAUUUCUGGUUGGAAUUCUACAGGUAGUAUUUGGAGUCCUUCAGAUUGGUUUCAUUGUGAGGUACCUUGCAGAUCCACUAGUUGGGGGCUUCACAACUGCAGCUGCUGUUCAAGUGUUUGUGUCACAAUUGAAAAUAGUCCUAAAUGUUUCAACUAAAAACUAUAAUGGUGUCCUUUCCAUAAUAUAUACUCUUAUUGAAAUAUUUGAAAGAAUUGGUACCACCAACAUUGCAGAUCUUGUUGCUGGACUCAUCACCAUUUUUGUCUGCGUGGUAGUUAAAGAAAUAAAUGAUCGGUUCAAACACAAGAUACCCAUACCUAUACCAAUAGAAGUUAUUGUGACAAUAAUAGCCACUGGUAUUUCGUACGCUGCUGACUUUGAAAAAAAAUACAACGCUGGCAUUGUUAAGAGCAUUCCUAGAGGAUUUGUGCCUCCUGAACCUCCAGCUGUCAGCCUCUUUUCCGAGAUGAUAGCAGCCUCGUUCUCCAUUUCUAUCGUUGCUUAUGCUAUCGCAGUCUCUGUGGGGAAGGUCUAUGCAACCAAAUAUGACUAUGCUAUUGAUGGAAACCAGGAGUUUAUUGCCUUUGGGAUCAGCAACAUUUUUUCAGGAUCCUUCUCUUGUUUUGUUGCGACUACAGCUCUGUCACGGACUGCAGUCCAAGAAAGUACUGGGGGAAAGACUCAGGUGGCCGGGAUAAUCUCAGCCGGGAUCGUUCUCAUUUUCAUUGUGGCCCUGGGGAAGCUGCUGGAGCCCUUGCAAAAGUCUGUGUUGGCAGCUGUAGUUAUAGCCAACUUGAAAGGGAUGUUCAUGCAAGUGUUUGAUGUUCCUCGUCUGUGGAGACAAAAUAAAGUGGAUGCUAUGAUCUGGGUUUUUACGUGUAUAGCAUCCAUCAUUUUGGGACUUGAUUUGGGAUUACUUGCCGGCCUUUUGUUUGGAUUGCUGACAGUCGUGCUGAGAGUUCAGUUUCCUUCAUGGGGUGGCUUUGGCAACAUUCCUGGCACGGAUAUCUACAAGAAAGUCAAGCACUACAAAAACGCUGUAGAACCAGAAGGAGUGAAAAUUCUCAGGUUUUCAAGUCCAAUUUUUUAUGCUAACAUUGAUGGUCUGAAAAGCAGCCUCAAGUCCACAGUGGGAUUUGAUGCAGUUAAGGUUUAUAAUAAGAGACUUAAAGCACUGAAAAAGAUACAAAAGUUAAUCAAGAAGGGGAAAUUAAAAGCUACUAAGAAUGGCAUCAUCAGUGAGCCAGGUAUUAAUAAUGAAGCUUUCAAGUCUGAUGAGGAGUCUGAAGACAACGAAGAUCUUCAAGUUCCCACCAAAGAAGUGGAGAUACAGGUGGACUGGAAUUCAGAACUCCCAGUCAAAGUAAAUGUCCCCAAGGUGCCCAUCCACAGCCUCAUUUUUGAUUUUGGAGCAGUGUCCUUCUUGGAUAUUGUAGCUGUGAGGUCAAUAAGAACGAUAAUUAGAGAAUUUGAGAGAAUCAAUGUCAAAGUAUACUUUGCUUCAUAUCAAGACAAUCUUAUUGCACAGCUGGAAAGGAGCGCCUUCUUUGAUGAUGUUGUCAGAAAAGACAUGUUCUUCUUGACUGUCCAUGAUGCUGUGCUCUACAUCAGGAAUCAGAUGACAUACAGCGACAACCAGGAUCCUCUCUUUGAGAAGAUUUCCCUCAUGCAGGAGUCUAAGGUACCAAUAGAGUUCACAGACACAAGCAGGCCUGACAAUGAACUUGACGUUCAAGACGAGGCGAUGCGCAGACUCGCUUCAUGAGGAGGAACUGCUGGCACUGCC